UUGUCGUUUAUAUUUAAAAAUUCUUUCCUAAUUAAAAAUUCAAUCCUAAUUAUCACCUUUUAAGAAUAUCUUCAUAAAUUAUUUAUUAAGUCAUAAUACUAUGUUAAUUUAAGCUUCUAAAUCAGUUUUCGACGCGAACAAAAUCGCUCGUGGUUUGCAAUUGUGUUGUAGAUCAGAUCUAUAUAUUAUAUAAGUUUUAAUCGCCCCUUAUCACAAAUGUAUUCAAUUUAUGCAGUUCUACGAAGUAGUGCGUUCAAAGCAUAUACACGACGUAAUCUAAAUAUUACAUUAUAUUGUUAUAUACUACAUAUUAUACAUAUCAUAUUAUGAUAGUCGAAAUAACACAAAAAUAGGGGAAACGCAUUCAAAAUUGUAAAUUAAGAAAAAUACAAAAUUGAAGGGGAGGGCAUGUCAUUUUGAGAAAAACUUUAGAAAAUACGAUCUUUUAUUCUGUUAAAAUUUUAUCAGUGUUAUUGUAUACGCAUUGUUAUCAAGAGUGACGAUGCUUUUCUGUUACUUUAUUCACCCAUUUCGUCUCCAUGACAAGAAUAAACAACAUUGAUAAUUUUGUAAAGAGUUUACUCGUGAAUUGCGAAAGUAAUGCCAGAAAUUGCGAUCACUCCGAAAAGCUCGUCUUCCCUGAGCGUUUCAACAAGCUCAAGGGAAGAGCCGAAUCAAUUCUUCGCUAAGAAAAAGCUGACAAGAUGCAUGCAACAUAAAUUUCUAACAUACUCGCAACUUCCCGUAAGAUGCCAGAGACCCAAUCGAUAUUAUCGUCCUCCGAGGACUUCUUUCAGAUUAGCCAAUCUUGCAACAAUUAAACAUAAAACCACAAUCAACACGACGAAAAGCUGCCCGGACAAUUCAACAUGCUCGAUCUACCAUGUUAUUGAUACAUCACGUUGCAAAAAGAGUUUAUCCAUGAUUGAUUUUUCACCUUUGAUAAUGGAUGCUGAAAAUGGCGAUCUUAGAUCAGACAGUAGUUCAACCGUAGAAAAAUUCGAAGAGAAUGAUAAAAUUAAGGAGAUCAUUGGCAACGAAAUGGGGAUCAGCGUCGGUAUCAGGAAAUGGAUGGACGGGUUUGCCACCUCGGAAUCGGAGCAAGCAUAUUCUCAAUUCUUUCAAAAUCCAAAGAAAGCAGCGACUUUAGUGUGUCAUGUACUUAUGUUGAACGCCUGGAGAUGUAGGCGUAGUGAUGUUCAAUAUCUUCGUGGCACGAUCGACGAUUUGAACCAGCGGAUCGAACACUUGCAUCUGCAAAUCGUUGUACUGCGACGGCUACUCGACACGGAGAAUAGCCGUGUUAGCAAACUGACUGGCGAUGUUCAUCGUGUCAAAAUUCAGUUCGACGAAACGCUGAAAGAAAGGAAUAUCUUGAAAUCGGAAACAGUAAAAAUGGAAGACGAGGUUAAACGUUUGACCGAACUUUCCGAGGAGAGGCUAGUUGCAUCGGAAAAUGUGCGAAACGAGUUGCUUACCGCGCGAAAUCAACUUCGUGCGCUCGACGAACAAAUGUCGAAGGAUCGAGAAAAGCUGUUGAAAUUACGAGAAGAUAAGAAACUACUUCUGGAAAAGGUGACUGCCAGUGAAACGUUAGCAAGUGAAAGAGGAAUGAGAGCAGACAAAGCUGAGUCAGUCGUGGAGGAUUUACAAUUGAAACUCGCUACGCAGAUUGCUCUGGUUGAAUCUUCACAGGAACAGAUAGAACGAUGUUCAAAAGAGUUAAAAGCUAAAGAAGAUGAAAAAAUCAAGUUGCUAAAGCUUUUAAAAUCGAGCGAAGAUACGGGGAGAAAUUUACACUUGCGAGCGAUUUCUUUAGAAGCUCAGCUAGUUGAUCGAGAGGUAGCUCUGGAACGCAUGCAGGUCGCAUACAAUUCACAAUUAGCGGAAUUGAAUGAACUGAAAGAACGUUUAAUACGUCAAUCCCAAGAAGGGGGAUGGAGUAGUAGAAUGUUGCAAAUAGCUGGUAGUGUUGUACGGGCGCCAAGAGCUAUACUGCGCACUUUAUUAUCGGGUCCAGUGUCAGCUUCUUAAAGAUAACUUGUUGUUGUUGUUUGAGGAUGACAGCCUCGUAUUUUGAGUUUCAUUUUGAAACGAAGGGUUUAAAAAGUGGAAGUUCAAGGGUGAUGACGAUGAUUGUUUGAUAAAAGAAUGGAGAAAGGGAAGAUUUUACGUUCAAGUUAUGGAAGGUGAAUUAUCUAUACUUGUCAAGAAAUCAAAGAAGGCAAGAACAGUUUCAAAAUAGCAAAUUUUUGGGUACUCUUAUUACUAAAAUUAUAUUUUUUUUUAUUUAUAUAUAUUUUUUUUAUUCUUUAUACUUUUUAAUAUCAUGGACUUCAUAUGUAGUAUUUUCGAUCAAGAAGAGAAAAGCAAUACCUCAAAAUAUUUAAUGAUAUAGUAUUAUAUUAUAUUCGCUGGAAAUUAUUCUACAAACUCAAGGAUGAAUAAAUAAACGCAGAUAUCGUA